AUGCCGGUGCAUGAGCUAACAUCAGAUAUACAGCAUGCUUCUUCACUGGAGGCGGCCGCCGGCGCGUCAGCUGCGGUUUUCCAGGCAGAAAAUGCUGAACAGGUAAAGACAGACUUGAAGAAAGCACCUCUUAAGAGGAGAAGCGAAGAAUUAUUCGAUGAGGAGGGUUGGGGAAAACUGCUGAUACUUGAGGUACCGCUCGACGACGGCACGCUACAGCCUGCCUCCCCUCUCGAUCCUGCGUUGGAUGCUCUUAUUGACACUCUAUUAAUUGGCAGCGAAGACCCCUUUGCUGAAUCGGCCUGGCUUUCAGUCGGCGCACACGAUAUAUUUGAAAUUAUUGAUCUUUCCGUUGGUUCGCGGCCCGCCACAUCAGCAGCAGCCUCUGGACUGGACGGGAGAGCUCCAUCGAGUAAUAUGCAUGAAAGGCCGCCAAAGCCCCCUCGAGCACCAGGAAUUCCUAGGCGAAGCCGCAGACCGAGAACUAACGAUAUAAAAAAGCCAUCUCCAGGCGCCUCAACCCCCCAAAAUGUACCAAGUGGCUCAGCUGCUGAUGCUGCAGCAGGAACCUCUGGCCUGGACGGGAGAGCUUCAUCGAGUAGUGUGCAUGAAAGGCCGCCAAAGCCCCCUCAAGCACCAGGAAUUCCUAGGCGAAGCCGUAGACCGGGAACGGACGGCAAGCAGAAACCAUCUCCAGGCGCCUCAACCCCCCAAAAUGUACCAAGUGGCUCAGCUGCUGAUGCAGCAGGAGACUCUGGCCUGGACGGGAGUCGUCCAUCGAGUAAUGUGCGUGAAAAUCCCUCAAAGCGCCGUCCAGUACCAAUCAUUCUUAGAAGAGGCCGUAUGCAGAGAAUUGGCGAUGAGCAGGAGCCAUCUCCAGGCCCCUCAACCCCCCAAAAUAUAUCCGAUGGCUCAGCUGAAGUUGCACUAGGAGCCUCUUGCCUGGACGGGAGAGCUCCAUCGCGUACUGUGCAUGGAGCGCCCUCAAUGCCCUCUCCAGCAACAGGGACUCGUAGGAGAGAGCGUAAGCAGACAUUCAACGUAAAGCAGGAGCCACCUCCAAGCCCCCCAACCCCCCCAGUUAUGCCAGGUGAUUCAGUUGCAGAGCAUCUAGUGUAG